AUGACACAACCAGCCUCCCGCAAGCCUCUAAACCCAACACUCUACCUCAUGGGUUUCGAUUGCUAUCCCAACGACAGGGAGUACUUUGAGGCGCGGCGUGCAACCGGAAGCGCGACACCCUACUGGUUCAAGGAGAAACUUGUAUAUGAAGAUAUCGCCGCAAGACCGCCUAUGCGGACGGUAACCGCAGGGGCGCGGAGGAGCAGUAUGGACGGUACACGGGAGUAUGGUAAAGACAGCAAGACAGUGAAGGUGGAAGUAGAGGAAACUACAGGAGAUGAUGAAGCCAGUGAAGAGACCAAGACACCGGAUACAAAAAAGAUCAACGAGGAGAAGCAACCCGCCAAACGACCGCUCAAAUCACCCCGUAAGAAAAUUAUCACAAUACCGCUACCAAAACGCCGCGUCGCAUUCCCCUGGACCCCAAGGAAACCCCAAAGACCUCACACAUUCCCCUCUCAUCGCGCCCACACGCCCUUCCCCGGCCAACAACCCAAGAACCCUAAAUAUUCCGCCGGUCAACAGGAAGAUACAUACAUAGACACGCGUCCACCCCUCCACUUUAGCCACGAUACAAGACCCCCCACCAAUACAAUACCUCUUCUGUCUCAGCACCCAGCCCUUGUUAAACAGCAGAGAAUUACGAGUAGGACUGUAUGA